AUGAAAACACCUGGUAAACGAAUGUCUACUGUCGCGUUCGACAAGUCGGUAAAAGGUAAAGCGAGUAACAUACAAAUAAAGUUAACUUGUUGCCUUGCGUAAGGUAAGUGUGGUAUUUUUAAAUAACAGUCUAUUGUUAUGCUUGUGACUUUUUUCACAGUAGCAGUCUGAUAGCAUUAGAAGGAUCAGAAGGAUCAGAAUAGGCAAAUAUUAUAUAGUUGUGUUCUGUUUCCUCUGGCGGUCGCAUGUAUAUUUUGAUCCGAUCAAAGUAUAUAUGAAGAGGGUAAAGGUAGCUACAAUACGAAUACGAACUGAUCAUAAUGAGCAUUCAUCCUUGCAUUGGGUGUAUAACAGUAACAAUAAUAAGUAAUUGUAAUGAUGAAGUUAGACCACGUCAACAAGCCCUACAGUGCGACGAUUACGGUCGAUCAUAUGGCCUUUCUGACCAUAUGAUCGAUUUCUGUGUAGUCAAAGUUUUCAUGGCUUUGUUAGAAACCAAGAAAAAGUUUCUCAAGCUUACGAAAUGUCCAUGAGUAAGAAACGAGUACGUACCAAACGAAAAACGCUUCAUUUUUUGUUAGAAACGGAGCACGCUUCCCUUAAUGUUUGAUACAGAGGCGAUGUGGUAAGAGAAAUUAGACUGUCACUCGUAAAGAUCAAAGGCUUUAAAAAAACUAGCUUGAAAGGUGUUUGGUAUGCGGCAGUAAUGGUUAAAUUUUCCUUGUGAACAACUUGAAGAUAAAUAGCUUUAUGUUUGCAAUUUGUUUUUACUUAACAGAGGCAAUGGAGAGAAUCUAUUUCUUGGCUUUAACGUUCAGCUUUGUUACGGGAAAAACAGGUAAAUGUUAAUAUUUCAAAUGAAUUCAGGAUAUUAGAAAAAAUAACCGAGGGGAAGGUGUGCUGGAGAAUUUUGCUAUAGUUUUGAUCACUGGAGAAGUAACAGUGCGAAAUUACUCAUCAGUACCCACUAACAUCUGUAUGACCCAAGGUAUGACUUUCCCCACUGAUCACAAAAACUGGUGUUACCAAGUCCUCAUAUAACCCAAGCGAUGUUAACGUCUGUUAUUCUGUAAGCCAUUACAUUUAAAAUGAAUUACAUGCAAACAUUGCAGCAUAGCCUCAUUAUUUGGGGCCCAAAUAAUGUGGAAAGUGGAAAAUCGUUUAAGAAAAACUGAAGAAUCUACUUGCACUCAUUCACUCCAAUACAAAUUGCAUACGAAAUUAUUUUAUCAUUCUAGCAAAUUUUCACCGGUAAUUUUCUAUAUGCUUUCUUAUUAUCCAACUGUACAAAGUAGAGUACAAGUAAAGCACGAAUAGAGUACAAAUAUACUGCGAUAUUGCACGGUUAUUUGGACAGUUGGUUAUUUUUUACUGUGAAAAAACCUGUUUAACCUGUCGGCUGCGCGCGCUACGCUCCUCUAUCCGCUUUGCUUUUUCCGCCUUAUGAGAAAUGAACAGAAAGGCUUAGCAGAAAAAUAAGCAGUUGGAUAUUACAUAACUUAUCAGACGUUUUGGUGUGUAGUAUCACUGAGUAUUUUUACGAGUCGUGCCGUAUUUUUACGAGUUGUGCCUAACCCUAACCCUAACCGUAGGCAAAACGUCUGAUAGGACAUACUUAUUUACAUUUUCGUUUUCAGUCGCUAAGCCGAACUGUCUGUGGAGAGUACUUAAUAAACGUACUUUUACUUCUCUUUCAGUCGUAAACCGGCGUCCACCUGAGAUCACGAAUUUCACACAAAAGGAUUUAGUUAACCCAGAUGAUGUUAAAUCUGAAAGUUUUGAACUGCCUUGUGGAGCCGCAGGGACAAAUCUUUCUUGGACGUGGAAACAUAAUGAUACAGAGCUCACAUCAUUCAGGGGAUCACUGCAUUAUUUUCUCAAUAAAGAUGGCACUUUGAUUGGCAAAAAGUUAUCUUCCCAACACAGCGGGACUUAUCAGUGUAUUGUUAAGGAUAAGGACACUAAAAUUGAAGUAUUCAGUAGGAAAGUUACAGUCUUUAUUACAGGUAAAUCUUUUUAAAAGAUGAACAAAUGAAAACAGAUUAAGAGAAUUGUUUUUUUUUAACAGAUCAGAUUGGCUAUCAUGUUACAAACAGCUUAACACCUGGCUACUCCUCUUUCUAUCCUCUUAGCCAGCAUAGCAUCCCUUUAUAUGUUUCUUUUAAAUGAAACGGGAAAAUUUGGCAGUCACGUGAAGGUUCACUACCGUUCUACCAUCCCAGGGUUGUACUCCUUAGGCCACCCUCAAGCGUAGUGUUUACAAAUUACCCUACUGAAGUAUCUUGAUUCUUGGAUAUUUCGAAAAUGCUGCUUCCUCGUUCUUUUUUUUUUUUUUUUUUUUUUUUUUGAGGCACUUUCUGAAAAGGGAACCUUACACUAAGCGAGAUUGGCUCAGACGAGAGGGAAAAAUUGUUGUUUUCAGCACGAGACUGUACAUCAGCAGAAGUCAUGAUAGCUCUGUUUCGAGUGUUCUGAACACUGAAAUUCUUUUUCUAAGCGAAAUUCAGUUUAGUGAUAUGUGUCAUCAAGGGAAUAUAAACUGUAUGUUCUCUUGGUGUAUAUCAUACUGCAAAACCCGCGAUGAACAACUGGAUUUCCUAUACCCGAACAAAGAUGGCGUCAUAAGAUGUCUAAUACUUUACAAUCUGGAACAGUUUUUCGGUUUUUUUCGAACUUUGAAAAAAUGCGAACUCAUUCUACUUUUACUGAGAUUCUGUUGAUAUUUCCUGGAAUUUUUACCUAUUACAAUUCGUGCACUAUUCUUUGAUCUUUACUGGUCUGAUGAUGAUCAAGAGAAGCAAAGAGAAGCCCUCGUACUUCAUCAUAAUUCAUAUUCUUCGACAGAGAGCUUUUCAGUUGGGUGCCCCGAUUGGAUUUAAAGAUGCACUCUGCUGGUUUGGAGCCUGGUGCGAAGUUUCUAGUCCAAUCACAGAGUAAGGUGGAGCGCUGAGCAAAACCAAUGCAUUGCCAGAUUACUUCAGUUCGACUUUCGAUUAAAAUUCGCUUCAUUUCAGUGAAUUUAACUUGUCAUUAACCCUUUAAACCGCAAAAUCAGUAUGAAUAUUCUCCAUACUGCUCUUUAUAUACUUCCUAAGGUGCUGACAAGGAGAAUUUGUUUACCAAUCAAAAUUUUCUUUCAUUGGUGAUCAUUUCCUUUAUUCUCAUGACCUUAAUGUGUGAUUCAGGGGUGAUAUUCUGUGGAGAAAUUUGAUGCUAGUCUCUCUUAGCAUUUAGAGGGUUAAAAUAUUUCACUCAUUUCAAUCUUUGUCAGUUCAUGGUGAAUUCAUCGAUAGCAGCAGCAAGAAUGUAACGGUUGACCUUGGAAAGCCUUUACGACUUCAUUGUCCCAAACACACAGCGGGCUUUGGCACUGUAUACAUUUGGGUAAAACCAUCAAAUAUCUACUUGUCGAGGAACGAAGGACGAGGAAUAUCUCCAAACGGGACUUUGUUUAUCGCCAACCUUACCCAGAAGGAUAUCGACGAGGUUAACGAAGGUGGCAUUAUGUGUCGAAUAAGGGCUGGAACUACCUUUGAAGAUUCUGGAAAAUUAAGUCUUGAGAAGAACCCUCUACAGAAAGGUAGAGAAUAGGCGCGUACUUUCGUACACUUGGCUGACGAAUGGUGAUUGCUAAGAAAAAUAUUAGUUUGAAUGACUUAUAUCAGUCGCAGCGCUAUGUGCUCUACCGUAAAUGUAUACCGAUCUUGCGUAUCUUAUUGCAGCGUUAUUUCAUUCAAGAUCUUUUUCCGUGAGGAUAAUUUGGUUUUAUCAACUGAGUUCAAAACGCUCGAAACGUCAGCUUUGAAAUUCUUUACAGUUGCCAGUUUACAUCAUCAACUCAGUUGAUAAAAAGUAACCAAAUUAUCUUGUUAUACUCCUCCACUCAUGCAGCACCACACUUUCUUUAGAAACUUACCCCCUUUUCAUAAGUUUGAUUUAGUAUGUCACAUAACGGCAGAUAAUUAGUUAAUUAGUGGAAAAGAAAAUAUCCUUUACCUCUUCAACUUGAACUUAAACGAUGUGAAUUUGUCUCCUUCCUACCCAGACCCCAACACUUCUGUUACGCUUUCUUGGGCCGCUGGACCUGCGGUGGACGAGCUUGCCAUUGAGGGAAGACAAAGAAUUCUUUACUGCUUCGCAAAUGGGCGGUGAGUAUCGUAUAUCUCUUACUUUUGGAAAAUGAGAGGUAGAGAAAGCAGAUUUUUUCUAAAUUAAUAGACAAUUUAAAAUUUUCUGGCUACCUGUUAGUUUGUGCAGCACUCCAACAUACGCUGCAUCUUUGUACAACUUGCAGGCCAGCACCACAAAUCACGUGGAAGAAGAAUGGGCAACAGAUUGUAGAUGGACAGAAUUCCUUUGAAGUCCGUAGCUAUUUCUAUGGCCGCCGUCUAGUUAUCACAAAUGUGAACAGGGAAAGUCACCAAGAUAAUUACACUUGUGAGGCAAACAAUUCCCGUGGCAACGUCGACCCCAUAGUCCGUAGAAUCAAUCUGGAGGUGAAAGGUAAACUGUCAUCCAUUAUAUGUGUACUCUGCAACAUGUAGAGCGUUUUCCGAUUGAGUGACAUAACAGCCAAUCAGAAGGAAGGAAAUUAUCAAAACGAGGCAAGAAGAACUCAAAGUAAAAAGUAAAAACGACCCAAUUGCUCAAAGGGCGAGAAAACUCGGGCGAUCAAGUCAUGAUUGGUUUGAGUUUUGCAUCUAAUUGGCAAGUUUUGGUACCCAAUUAUAGAGUAAAGUAAAAAAAAAACCAUUGAAAUCCACGAUUACUUCCCACACUCAGCUGUUCUAAGGGAAAGUACUGCUGGGAAGCUCUCAUGCGGAUAGUCACACACUAAAAAGUUUCACUGGCAGACCUCAGGUAAAAUUGAUUCACAUUGUUUAAGCAUGAAACAGUACCUUAUCAUUUGAUAGGUUUUAACUCGUCACACAGUAAACUGGAGUUUCACCAAUAACUUUGAAAUCAUCACCAUCUCCCAUCUCGUACAUUAAGUAUAAGUUCAACGCCUCGUCUUCUUUGAAACCUCCUAUAAACCAAGAGAUGUGGAACGGAUCUUAAAAAAUAAUCAGUGUGGUCUUUUUUUUAGUUCCACCAAGAUGGAACGAAAAUCCUCCACCAAGUGAAAUCAGCAUUAUAAUUGAUAAAAAUGACACUAUCGAGUGUCAAGUGGUUGCAGACCCUGUGGCAACAAUCCUAUGGUACAAGAAUGGAGUACACUUGCAGUCGUCAAGGUAAACGUACGAGUUAUAGUGUAAAUUUUUAACGUAUGAAUUCAUGCCAUACCCAAACAAGCAUGAAGUGUUAUGUCUACUGUUUUGAUUUGUUUCUCUUCUUUGCUUAGCUAUCAGUAAUUUAUUUGUGUUCGUAUGUCGUUUCUUAAUUUGGAAACUGUAAUUUGGCUGUUAAAAACCACAGAAACCAAAACAAAGCACGUGCAGGCUCAACUUUCCAAAAAAGUAAACUAAUAUAUUACAUUUUGAAGGUGCUUCUGAAGUCACAGAUUUCACUUCUUGGCAAACUUAAAUUGCCUAACAUUCUCAGCGUCCUUCGUUUUCGUUAACUCUUGCCUCUCUGAUGGUGUCUCACUUUCCUGCGAGCUAGCAGUUUAGAGUGCACGGAAAAUUAGCGAUUAGCGGCAAAGCCGCAAGUGGAAAAACCUCUCGUGGCACCGUACCGCUGCUCGUUUUUACAUCGUUUCCGCUUCUUGACGCUUCAAAGCACACACAGUUAACAAAACUGUCAUUUACGACGGGAGUAGUAUCUCUCUGCCAUGAAAGAUGAUUAUUUAGAUGUUUUCUUCUCUAUAUAUAACGGCAAUUUAUUCAACAUCCCAGAAAACAACCAAAAUAUUUGGGGUUUUGAAGGUUCAUGAGCCUGCAUGCAUUUGUGUCUUAACAGUGAUCGAGUAAUAGUGGAUGGGAGCAAAUUACACUUCAGAAAUGUUAAUCUGACCGAUGAGGGUGUCUAUCAAUGUGCUGUGGAAAACCAAUACGGUAUGAUUGUGUCUGCUACCUGGGUUCAAGUGAAAGGUAGGUUUGAUUAACCUAAAUAUCACGAGCGAUUUUUAGGUAGUCUAUUUUAAGAUGGCUUUUUGGAAAGUCAUUUAAAGAAAGGACUGACCUUUGAUGUUUAUAUGCAUAAAUUUCACCAUGAUAAUAGCCAAGUACAAGAAAGGGAAAUAACACGAGGAAACAAACGUGCCAAAGCCUCAAACAAAGGAAAUGCGAGUGUCCUAGGUACAAAUGGUUUUACAGUGUUGAAUCUGAUAGAUACCAAAGACGGCGCGAGUUUCAAGAUCAAUGGAAAAGCAAAGUAAAGCACUAUCGGAAAAAUCCUAGAUUGUGGACGCUCAUUUGAAAAGGACUCUUUGGAGCAAAGAGAAAAUCUUACUUCGCUCUUGUCAGCUGAGCAUCACACAAUAUCUGAACAUGAAUAAUUUCAAUUUAUUUCUUUCGGAACAAUUUGUUUUUCUCAGCCUGGAAACCAUCCUUCGACAAUCGCCAGUUUGGCCCUUUUCACUUGCGUCAUGGCCAUGAAGGCACAUUACGAUGCAACCCAAAUGCAGAGCCUCGCCCAAAAUUUCAGUGGUUUGUCGAUGGAGUUCUGAUCUCAGACGGAGCCGUUAACAGUCGAUAUAGGUUACUAUUAAACGGUACCUUGGUGAUAAAGACUGUCGAUAAAGAUAAGGAUGCCGUAAACUACACUUGCAAUGCUGUGAAUAUGAUGGGCAAGGCUUCUGCAACGACAGUUCCGACAGUGCUGGGUAAAAUACCAAUGUUAAAUAAUGUGAUCUAAUGAGUGGUUUGCAUAGCCAUUUAUGGUGACCUUAUCUACCAGUGAGAAAGUAUUCAUGGUGCAAAAGGAUCCCAGAUCAAUGCAAAUAAGUUAUAGAUUCAACACGAUUUCAGAAUUUAAAAGCGUCCGAAAACCUUGCGCUUAAAUGCCAGAUGCUUCAAAAUUGAAACUGUGUCAAAUUUGUCAUAACCUUCCCAUUUUUGACACUUCACUCUUUGCUCCACCGCGAUUAGGUGUGCAUUUUAACCGCAUGAAUCUACUCUUUUCCUUUGCUUUACUGUUACAAUAUAGUUACACCGUUUUUCGUGACAAAACCUAGAAAUAAAACGGUGCUUGAGAAAGGAACAACGGCAUUCUACUGCAAUGUAAAUGGCCAUCCGCUUCCUAACAUAACAUGGGUCAAAGAUGGAGUGACAGUUGGUAACGGGAGCACACUGAGGUUUGAAACAACAUGGAGACGACUGUCUGGAAGAUAUUGGUGCCAUGCACAAAAUGGACUGAGUGUCGCUAUCAAUGCUAGUGCUUUUCUGAAUGUGCAGUGUAAGUAUCUUACGUAUCCAGGGCUUAAGCCAACCAGCAUCUUGCAAUGUAAUGCAACGGGCCUGUUCGCGCACUUUCAGGGACGCGGUGGCUGAACGGUUAGCAUGCUGGGCUCUGAGACAAGAGGUUAAAGUGUGACCUGGCUGGGUUAUUUUAUCGUGUUGUUGGGAGGAAUCUUUACUCUCGUGGUGCUCCUUUCCCCUGGAGCAUAAACGAGUACAGGUGAACUGUCAGUGAAAUCUGAGGGGAAUGGGGGGUUUACCUGCGCCUGGGAUGGACUUGCAUCCAAGGGGGGUAGCAAUACUCUGAUUUACUUCAUGGUAUGAAGUUUCAUGACUUAACCUGUUUGAGCAGAUACUUAGCAGCUCUACGAGAGAGAGAUUUCAAACUUUAGAAUGUUGUAAUCCUAGCAUCUUUUCCUUAACUUUCGCAGUUCUGUCAUAUUUCCAAAGUCGGCCAGCUAACCAGUCUGUCCAAGAAGGUGAUGAGGCUUCUUUCCACUGCGGUGCCAUGGGCAACCCAACUCCAAAGAUCUCAUGGUUCAAAGACGGGAGAUCUGUCGGUACAGGAAACACAUUGAGCUUUGUUGCGUUCAGAAAUCGCUCUGGAGAAUACUGGUGUUCAGCUAAUAAUGGCUUGGGAUCGGCCAUCAACGCCAGCGCUCAACUAAAUGUACAGAGUAAGUAUGAAUGGGUCGCUUUUGGAACCAAUGUUUAGCAAAAACACGAUAAAAAAGAAAAGCCGUAGAAUCUCGGCAAAUUUUUUUUAGAGUUUUAACCAAGCACUACCAGGCACGUCCCUAUUCCAGACUUCAUCUGUACUUCACGCAAUGUGAUAAAACUCAGGUUUCAUUGAUCACCUGUGGCAUUUACACCAAUCGCAUCUUGUAAUGCAUAUUUCUUAUUUCUAUUUUUUUAAGAUGUCCCCUCUCCGCCGAUUAAUGUCACAAUAACAGACUGUAAAGACUGGAGUGUGAAACUCCACUGGGUACAAGGCCCUUCAACUGAUGGUGCUCCAAUCACGCAUUACCUGAUUGAGCAGGAAUCUGGUGAGGACCCUGUGGUUUUCAGCUUACUGCACAACGUUAGCAAAUCGGAUUUAACGAGUAUGACCUUCAACAUAAGCUUGAGGACUUCGUCUCGUUUCCGCAUCAAAGCAGUUAACAAUGUUGGUGAAAGCCUACCCAGUUCAACAGUCAAAACAACUUGCCAGGGAACCAUUGGUAUGUAUGCCUCGUCAAAGAGUACAGACACCCACUCAGUGGAAUAUUGGUAACAAAUGGGUGUAGUUAUUUUUCAAUAUAGAUGAAGGUUUCUCACGACACAGAGGCAAUAACAAUGAAUUGAUACAACUAGCUUUGCGAAGAUGUCUUUCCUCAGCACAUUCAGUUUUUCCGUUCUUCCAAUCUGGACGAGCCAAGAAACUAUAAUCUGUGAUAAUCGCUUACAUUCUCAAUCAGUCGUAUUCAUUGGAUUUUCUCAACCUAUGAAAUGAGAUAUCAUUUUGAGGCUCUUUCUCGAUUAAAUUUAGAAAUUUCCAUCAAAUACUCAAGACAAUCAUGGAUUGCAUACAUUUUGCUCUAUUACGCUAUGUGAUUGGUCCAGAAUUUUACCCUCCCAGCCGAGCACGAACGAUUAAAACUAGUUAAAACCUGGAAAACGCGGCCAUUUGACGUAAUGCAUCGAUCAAGUUGAAGCCUAAACACUCCCUUCCCGGGCAACCCACAAGCAUUUGACUAUCGUCCUUGCCUGGGGGUUGGGAAUUUGAACAUUGCCUUAGUUACAACAACUGUAAAGUCUUUCCAGCGUAAAAACUUGUUUUAUCUGUUAAUGUGGAGGUAGAUAUUUAAAGGUGAAAAGUUCACGUCUGCAAGCAGAUGGCUCAUAAGAAGAGGUCUAUAAGAAAGCCACCGUCAUUUGUUAUACCUUUCCAAAAAAAUUUACAAUCAAAUCUAGCACUUGUUGGGCAUUUGAACACAACUUUGGCCCCGGAAGUGGAGGGGGGGAGGCGAAAACUUGAACGAACCUGAUCUAGGUGUUGUUCACACAACAAUCAAUCGAAAACUGAACAUAAUGGCAACUUGAAUGUUUAAAUAUGGUUUUGUUUCUUCAGGUGAACGCCAGAAAGAGGUAAAAAAAACCCACAUUUACCAAAAGGCGUGGUUCCUUAUUAUGUUGGCCCUUAUUGCCUGUGUAGUUCUGAUUUCAGCGCUUGCCUUGCUCUUCAUAAGCUAUUACAAGGGAAAAGGGAAAAAAUACGAAGGUAAUGAAGCAGGAAAAAAGUGCAGUGUUAUGUAACGUUACGAAAACCACGCAUGUAUUGAAAGAAAAGAUCUUGUAACGUAACUUAUUGUAACGUGACGUUUGAUAACGUAACUUAUAACGUCACGCAUGGCUACGUAAAUUAUUUAGUAUUUAGCAUCAGAGCUUAACGUAGUUACAGUGGCAAUGAUCUGAUAUUACUUAGCUAUAGUUUGCAGGGAAUGUUUUUAAAAGAACUUUGAAGGUAGAGUCAAAUUCAAGCUGAACUCUCCUACUUUCGUAGCUGAGCCGAGAUCAGUGUUCACCCUUCUUGUAAGCACGCCAGGUUAAAGAAAAUUUUCAAUCGGUGGAGCCAAUCCUUUUACCAGUUGAAUUAACAAAAAUUACGAGCGACUUUAAGCGGUAAUGAUUGUUACUACAGACGGUAGAUUUUACCAGUUACCACCUGGUCAGGAGAACAGUGCGAGACAUUCAGUGCUAUCUUUGUGACUUUGCAAUAAACUUUCUACUUGAGCACGCUAGAUAGUAUCAGAUCUCAAACACCUUCAACACCGUAAAGUUGCGGAUUUUUUCCUCGUGAAUGUGAGUGGGUUGGCACGCUUAAUGGAACUCAGGUCUUACAAUGUAGGAUUUGACAGCUUACCAAAGGAUGCAAUGAACGAAUCAAUGUCAGUAACUGAACAACUGCGCAGCUACCCCUCCCCUAACCUAAAAUUAACCCGCAGUUGCAAAGAUACAGACAUUGAUACCAAAUAACUUUGACUGUGACAUUGUUUAAUACCAUUCCUAUCUCUCGUAAGUCUUACUUGUUUUUCGUUUCUCUAGUUGGAAAACGCGAACGAGAACGCGGAUACACAGACGAAGCAAAACAAUUGGAGGAAAACGUUGAAGACGAGGAAGCAAACAACUUAGGGGGGAAUGCUGAAAAGACACCGCUGUAUGUAUUAACCCUUUACACCCUAACAUCAAUAUGUAUAUUCUCCAUACUGUUUUCUGCACAUUUCUUAUGGUCUUGUCAAGGAGAAUUUACAAUCAAGAACCUCUGAUUGGGGGGUAAUUUCCUUUUCCCUGGUUGUCACGACAAACUUUACCUGAUCCCCCAAAAGGUUCUAUAGUACUUUCAUGAUCCCCCUCCAACUGAACUAGCUGGUCAAAUUUCCCAUAAUUAUGAGUCAUUAUUUGUAUACAAAUCGGACUGACAUAGUGUCUUGUUAUUUUUUCCUUAGCGAGAGAAGACAGAAUCGUAACUCAAGGCCUGUCUCCAGUUUAAUCAGCUUACUUGAGUUUCAAUUCAGAGAAGACGGCUCCUUUACAGAGGAAUACGGAGGGGAAGAUGAUCUGUUACAGGGGACUUUUGUUUGAGGGGCGCCACAGACUACCUUAAAAUGUGUCACACCACAGGUGACAUGUCUUAGAAGAUGACUGCGUGACGUGACUCUUCAGGGUUCUCGUGAAAUAGUGUUGUGUUACCAUCAAUCGGUGUGAUGGUGUAGCCACUUGCAAAAGUUGUCCUGAGUUGUUCUGUUGGAGGCUUAUUCGUAUCAUCAAUAGCACAUAUAAAGUUUUACGAAUCAAAUGGAUUGAAGAAGAAAAGGAUAAAAAAAAGUUUAAGUAUUGAAAUAUUGCUUCGAAAGUUGUAACGUAUAAAAACUGAAAGGAUGAGUAUGUACUAUCCAUAUUUCUAUAGUUAAGUAAAUUUUGGGAGAUGGAUUCGUAGAUGAAUGAACGUCUUUCUCAAAGUAAAACAUUUUUCUCUGAGAACAUCUUGAAGGAGAAAUAAAACGAGUAUCGAGCUCUCACAAAUUGUAAAAAAUCGAGAAGUAACACUGCAACUUAAAAGCCCGAUAUUAAGUAAAGCGCUAGCACGUAAAUAAAGGGAGAAAAAAAAGAUUCUCACGUCCUAGUAUUAGAGUCCAAAGCCCAUUCAGUUGAGUCAGAACUUGCCAAAAACAAUUCUCUUCUUUAAGGAGGAACACAUGUUUCUUAAUGUUAGCACGUUUAAAUUGAAUUUAAAAAGAAUAACCAGGACUGCUUUAAUUUUAAUUGUACAUAGAUUCCAAUAGGUAAAGAGGUUGUAUGCGUUUUAUCUAUUGUUUACGAAGGGCUAGUUGAAUUCAUAGUGUAAAUUGUUUUAAACAGACAACGUAUAUCAGACAAAAAUAUCCAGGAAACUUAGAAUGUUGUAGUUCACAAGUGACGACAGUUGGAUUAUUUAGUUGGCUGAUAAACACGAAAAGAAACAAAGUUAUGAGAG